AUGUCCGCGACAGCCGUCGAAACCGCCACUUCUACGACCCUCUCAGGGGUGCAAGACUCCUCAUAUGUUCCUCGAGGACCAGUCAAGACAAAACUCAACUUUUUCCAAGACCCUGCAGGCGGGGCCAAACCAUACAACUAUGUUGAGAAACAACCGGACGGCCAGCCACAGCGCAACUUCGGCGAGAAUGUGGUGGAGGUCCAAAUGAAUGAUAUUCGUGGAAGGGAAGCCGAGUUCUGGCUGGACAAGGAUGCCUUCCAAGCCAUCAAAGGCGUCUCGUCAGAAGAGAAGGACUUUGUGGAUGAUGAACACAUCAAGACAGUCUACUAUCCAGAAGUAGAGAAACUUCUCCUGGAGCACGUCCCGGGCGCCCACACAGUCACCAUUUUUGACCACACCAUCCGCCGGUCCAACCCGGAUGCUCCUCGCGCUCCCGUGACUAGAGUUCACGUGGACCAAACGGCCCGUUCUACCGAAUGGCGAGUGAAGUUGCACAAUCCCGACCAGGCCGAAGAGCUUCUCCAAGGUCGAUACCGAAUCAUCAAUGUCUGGAGACCCAUCAACGGAACCGUUCAAGCGCACCCUCUCGGAUUUGCCUCUGCGGACACCGUUGACGACAACGAUCUUGUUCCUGUCGAGCAUCGAUAUCCCGUCCGUACGGGCGAGACAGCGGCGGUGAGAUACAACAAGGGACAGACCUUCUAUUACUGGUCGGGGAUGGACAAUGAUGAAAGACUGUUGUUGAAGUGUUAUGACAACAAGGAGGGCGUUGGUCAAAGAGUACCGCAUACGGCAUUCGUUGAUACCAGAACCCCCGAGGGUGCCAAAGGCAGAGAGAGUAUUGAAGUUCGUGCGUUGGUGUAUGGAUAG